AAGCGGACAUUAACUUCCUGAUGAGUGUGGCUCUUCAGAAGAUUGCCUUCCUUCCGUUCGGCUACCUCAUGGAUCUCUACCGAUGGAACAUAUUCGAGGGAAACUACACACACAGCGAGUACAACGCUAGAUGGUGGCAGCACAGAUGUGAGACUGCAAGGGAUCGCUCACAUUAGAUACGUACAGAGUAUAACUUUGACGCUGGAGCCAAAUUCCACACGGCAGCCGACACUCCCUACAU